AUUAUUAUUAUUUUAUCAUUUUUCUCUUUGUCAGUGAAAAUUUGCUUGACUUUUCCACUGCGGAAGGGCAAAACCCGAAACGAUUGGAACUAUUCAAACAAUGUGACUCUUAAGACUCGGAUGCGAGAACUUAAAUGUACUGUUUUCGCCCACAGGACUGUCUUGUGUGUCAAACAGUGUAAACAGUGGGCAGCAAUUUCGUAUCUGACUCAAUGUGCAUUUCUUUAAGAGGACUCCAGACUGGAUUUUUACAAGAGCUAUUACAAGAAACGCAAGAUGCAUAGGGUGCCACAUCUGUUGGCUGGAGGCUGAUCAAGGCGAACUACAAUCGUGACAGUUCUAGAUAGUAUGUAACUAAUCGUAUUGUUCGUGUUUACAUAUGGUGUACUUUUAUUUCCACAGAGGGCACGCUCAGCAUGUAUUUGUUUGGAAUGAAGAGAUGGUACUAGGAUUCACAAUUCAUUUCUGGAUUUGAAAAAGAUACAAAAGACUAUUUCUUAAUUCAAGAUCCGGUUUUGAAUUUCCCCAGAGAAAUGCACCUUAAAAUCUGCGGCCGUAGGAAAAACAUCGCUAAAAUCGACCAUUUAUGUAUUGCAACUGGAUUUCCCUCUUAAUUUCUCAAAGCCAAAUAAUUUCUUUUUAUUCAGAUUACCUGUGAAUAUUCUGAUACACUAUUAAUUCCACAUUUGCAUCACCGGUUGUGGUUUUUUAACGAACAAAUUGCUAGAUGCCCAAUCUAUAUUACAUUUAACCAUCCAAUACAACCUCAAAAGUGUAAACAAUAUUUUGAGCAACAACUGAGCAGGGUCUCCAAACUGGUUAUGAUUCGAUGGUUCGCUGGCUUUGGGUUGAUUUGUUUGUUUCACACCAAAUACAAAGCAAUGCAUCGCGUACUUGAUGAUAUAAAAAUAACAGUUAUGCUCGUUUUCAGUGUUAAUAGUUUAUUUACAGUCCAAGAUUAACACAUAGUGUUUACUUUCAGAAAACUGAAAAAAUCAAGAAAUGGCAAUUUCUGCAACGUCUCUUGUGUACGUACUGUUUCUCUCCGCCAUGAUAAUUUUCAACAUAGCAGGUAACUCCCUCGUUUGCACUCUAAUGUUAAAGAGGAAAGGUCUUAAAACCUCGAUUAACUGGCUUCUUUUCCACCUGGCCAUCGCUGAUUUACUGGUCGCUGUCUUCUUCAUUCCACCUUGCAUUCUGAGCCACUUUAUCGUUCAACCAAGUGGUCUCACUGGAGACCUGCUGUGCAAGUUCAUUACCGGCGGGAGCUUUGGUUGGGUGGCUGCUACGGCCUCGAGCUUUUGCCUAGUCGCGAUAGCUUUUGAGCGUUAUAAUGCCACUCUACUUCCAUUACUAACACUCCGUCAUGGUCGGUCGUUGUGGUUGGUGCCAGUUCUUUGGAUGCUGGGAUUCCUGCUGAGCAUACCAGCUAUUGUUGUAACAGCUUAUGACGUGGAAGGUCAGAUGUGCGUGGGAAACUUUCGAGACUACACGACGCUUCGAGCCUAUUACCUUAGUUGGUCGUUUGCCAAUUCCGUGCUACCGAUAUGCAUUAUGGGAUACCUGUACACGCGGAUUAUUUUGUGUUUGCGCAAGCCUGGACUCGUGCAAUGCUCUUCUCCGACGGCUGCGUCACAAUCCAGGAAUAAGGUAACUAAGAUGCUCGUCUCAGUCUCUGUUAUCUUCAUCACGUGCUGGACCCCUCCCGCAGUGCUUUGCGUGUUGAGUCCCGUCAUUCCAGGCGGGUACGCCACAGUGUAUCCCAUCACCACAGCAAGUGCGCUGUUGAAUUCCUGUCUCAAUCCACUGGUUUACACGCUUCACAGUCAACAGUUCAGGAAGAGUCUAGUUUCAUUGGUGUUUUGCCGCGAAAACAAGGAGUUAGCCAUUCACAAAACAAGGCAAACAAACUCGUCACGAAUCAAAAUCUCUUCUAAUUAUCUGUAAUGAAUUUGCAUUUCGCAAGCAUAUAGACUUGCCACAAGGCGACCUUUGCUUAAUCCAUAGCGUAUUUAUCUCCCUUGAGCGAAUACAGAUGGCGGUCUUCGAGCGACGCGAGCGAAACCAACAAGCCAAGGAAGAAUUAUUGGAAAGGACUUUCAGAAAGUCCAGCAAGUAUGGUAACCGAGAAGUUAUGGCUCACUGAUUUGUUGAACUGUGCUUUGCAGAAGGUUGACUCACUUAGCUGGCUUUUGCUCCUAAUCAAUUGUAGCUCUUAGCUCGCUCAGGAUCUUCCUAGCUAGUUCAGUGGUACAUGAAUUUUUGUGGCCUGGAUAACUUUGAUAAAAAUGAGGUUCGUUAAGUCCCAGAUAUGAGUUGACCAACUUAAGCAGUGAUGGCGCUUCUAAUUAUAAGUGAGGAAUAAUUUUACCUAGUCGUACCUCGUACCUCUUUGGUACGCUUCGGCGACAUAUCAAAUAUAGAAACUGGUGCUAUGGCCCCUAAACUGACGUUUUGAUUCGUAUGACAAACGGCAAUCUUUACCUAACCAUGAUCGACCUUACUGUGUACACACGUUUGAAGGAUCUGAGGCAGACCUAGUUUUUUUUCUGAAUAUACAAAUUUAUACCGUUGCACAAGACCUAUAUCGUUUACAAAGUAGGGAGCUACUCCUGUUAGGACUAAUGAGUUCUCUGCAAUGUGGGGCCAUUUCAAGGAAUAAUUCAGUAAUCUUUAAAGCUGUAUUUUAGCUCACUUAGAAGAUGUCAUUCUACUAUAUGACUAACAGUGUCGAAUCCCCCGUAGGGUGAUAGCGGCUGGUAUAUAUUUACCCAUUGUUCUUAGUGCGUGAAAACCUUAACCAUUAACAAGGCUCAUAAAAACGUAGAGAAAAGUUCUAAAAUUUUGAAAUCUAGUAUGCACAGUCCCGUUAAUACAGGGAAAAUAUUGCAAAAUAUGUCUUUCCUUGUGCCUAAUGGGCUGUGUUAGGUUCGCAUGGUAUUGUGGUAAAAUGUAUAGCCGCCAUCUAUGUAUGGGUCAGUUUUGUUUAAAACUGUCAGCGUCUUGUAAAGUCAAAAAAAUGCAGUAAAACAAAGAGUGAUAUACCCUCGAGCAUACCCAUAUCUUUCUUGAUUCCUUAUAGUGAGUU